AUGCCAGAGCAAACUGGGAAGAAGACAAAGGGUAAGAAAAGUGACCCGAGAAGGAAAGGAAGAGAUGGUAGAAAAAAUAGUCCCGAGAAGAAAGAGAAAAGGAAAUCAGUCAACGAAACUGUAUUGGGACAACUGGGCUUGUCAACCUCCUUCCCCAUCGACGGGACCUUUUUCAACAGCUGGUUGGCGCAGUCGGUUCAGAUCACCGCCGAGAACAUGGCGAUGAGCGAGUGGUCCCUCAACAACGCCCACCACGAGGACAGCACCCCCGGCCUCUCCGAGGAGCUCCUCCAGGACGAGGAGACCUUGCUGAGCUUCAUGAUGGACCAUUCCCUCAGGUCCCCGUUUAAGCAGAGCGAGACCACAAAGAAAGUGAAAAGCAAAACGAGAACGAACACUAAGAAAAAGCUGCCCAGGAGCAGCCCCCCUGCCGUGGGUGGGAGCCACCCGGAGGGCUCGGAGCCCUGGACUAACAAUGCCAGUGACUUGUCGGAUGAUGCCACCAAGCCCUUCGCUCCCGAUUCCAGACCGAGCAAGUCGGAGAAAGGGGCGGCGAAGCUUCCCAGCGACCGCAAAGGGACGGGCGAGGCGAAAAAGGCGGCCAAGAAGGGCUCUCUCCCGAAAGCCGGCGAGCCUCACCCCCCGGCCGGGGCGAGGGGCUNNNGGGGGAAGGAGGAGGAGGAGGAGACGCCGCGCUGCGCUCAGCCGGAGCCGAGCCCCGCGGCCAAAGUGCCUGACUCCAUAGGUAGCCCCAAAACCGUCGUGCGGUUCAAAUUACCAAAGGAGAGCCGAGGGACUCGGAGGUCGCAGCCCCCCAAGCCUGACGGUGCCGGCGGAGCUCCCUUGCGUCGUUUCGACGCCGAGACGGACGGCUACUUCUCCGACGCAGAGAUGAGCGACUCGGACGGAG